AUGACAGCCCCUUCAAAAGCUCAGCUGCUCAGCUGUUUUAUCGGCAGCAAUAUCGUGGCAUUGGGCGCCGGAACGCCGUACAUGUUCAGUUUCUACGCCCCAGAGCUCAUAGAAAGAUGCAAUAUCCCAAUAUCGCAGUCCAGUACUCUGUCUUUUGCACUUACUAUCGGGUCUGCAGCUUUGGGAUUUUUGGCGGGAAUGAUCAUAGAUAAAAAAUCGCCCCAGCUGUCGUGCGGUAUCGGAGCUUUAUGUACAUUCCUGGCCUACUGGAUCCUGAAAUCUUGUUAUGCUAGACAAAUUUCAAAUAUCUGGUUUGUUUCACUUGCAAUGAUAUUAGUCGGCUUUGGUUCCGUUUCUGGUUUUUACUCAGCCGUUAAGUGCUGCACGACCAAUUUCCCCCGUCAUCGAGGAACCGCGGGAGCGUUUCCUGUUUCGCUUUAUGCUCUAUCUGGGCUAGUAUUUUCGUCAUUGUGCGCAUCAUUGUUCCAAGAUCGUAUGGAAGCCGUCUUCACGUUUUUGAUGUAUGCGUGUUCCGCCAUGAUUUUAACAGGGUGCUUUACCUUGCGAAUUUUGGUAGCCCAUACAAAGGUAAAAAAGCGCACAUACUCUUCGACGCCAACAGAUGAAAGCUCAUCUUCCAACGGAGUGCGCUCCGACUCAAACUCAAGUUUAAAUCAUCUCUCCCAACCUAUCAACAUUCAGCAUCAAUCUGCAAACAGUGGUUCCCGAGGUUCCUUUAGUAACUAUAAGUCGCUAAUGAAACGCUCUUCGUCAAGAAUUUCGACCUCUGCAGAGUCUUGGCUUUCACUGGGGUCCAGCUACAAGAGAAGCGAUUCUUUUGUUUGGGCUAAAGAACUCCCGGGUUCUCUUUCAUUUUGGGGAUGGGGUAAAGACAGACCAGCGGACUCCGGACUUGCUCGCUCAUCCACCAAGGACCAGUCAUUACAACAAGAUGUCGAGGGACGCGUCCCCUUCAACCCUAUUGUGGACGCUCCCCAAACUCCGAGAGCACCUGCUAGAUCAGACAGGCGUGACUCUCUACUGAAAACCUCUCCUAGUAGUUCACCUAUUAUUCAAGAAGAAUCAUUAACACACGUUGGUGACAUUGAACACGAGAGAAAAACAAGUUUCAGAGAUAAUCAUAUUUAUCGAACUGUCGUGCAGCCAAAAUUUAUUGCUUACUACUUAAUAUUAGCCACACUGCAAGGAAUUGGUCAAACUUACAUUUACUCGGUCGGGUUUAUCAUCGAAGCUUUAGUACACUCUAACCCAGAUGUCAAAAUUAACACCAAAGCAAUUCAGUCGUUACAGGUCUCUAUCAUUUCAAUAAUGUCAUUCACGGGGAGAAUUUGCGCAGGUCCCGCUUCUGACUUGCUAGUGAAACGUAUGAGAGCGCAAAGAGAAUGGUGCAUUGUAAUUGCAUGCGCAUUAAUGUAUUAUGGUUCAAAGCAAUUGCUAGCUGAUAUUGUAUCUGUGAAAAUAUUGGAAGGCCAACAGAACGUAGCUUUCGUCAGGAACGUUUCACUGACCUCUUUAAUAUUUGGGUUUGCCUUCGGAAUUACAUUUGGAACUUUCCCAGCAAUUAUAGCUGACCAGUUUGGUACGGAAGGCUUUAGUACUAUAUGGGGACUUAGCACUACAGGUGGCAUUUUGAGUGUCAAGGUUUUUUCCGCAAUUUUCGCUAAUGAUCUUUCUCGCAACACUAAUCCAGAAAAGACUAUCUGUGACAAAGGUUCUGUGUGUUACGCGCAUACAUUUCAACUCAUUGCUAAAUUUGCUGUUGGUGUAGCCAUUUUGAAUCUUGUCCUCGUGGGCAUAACAUACGCUCGAAGGAUACACAAGAUCAGACAAUUAAAGCACGAUGGAGUGUUUAUCUUGGACGAAGAUGAUGAGUCGCCUGAGGAGUGA